CAUGCCAAUCAAAUAUCUAUUUUGAAGGGUCCUUUAAUUAGCUGUACUGAGUGAAUACAGAGUCAGGAACCAAUGGACGGUGGUCACAUCACAAAAGUGUCAUUUACUUGUGCCAUUUUUGUAUGGCAUGUUUGACUCUUGUUCACACUUGCCCCAACCAUUGUCCAGUUUGCCGGUUUCCGUAAUACAGGAACAAGGUAGCUGUUAACUGCUGCCAUCGGUAGAGAAAUAUUUUCUCCAAUAGAGCUGCUGUCUGUGUUACCUGAUACUGUGAUACCAUGGAACUUGUGUCUUCACAUUCUCUCAACUCACCUUUGAAUCGAGACAGUAACAGCUGCUUCUGACCAUCAUUUUUGUCCUUCAUUGCGGAUUGGAAUUUUUCCAGGUAUCCAACAGGAUAUUUGAAAAUAAGUUGUGGUGUUUUGUUUUUGAGAAAAUGAGGAUUUUCAUAGCCUUUGAGGGAUCUUUUGAACCAUUUGAAGUUUCAGCAGAUGAAACCGUGGAGGCUGUCAAACUGAUGAUAAAGACAAACAAGGCAGGCGUUAUCUGGAGCUGCUGUAUGCUGGGGCAGCGCUCAAGGACAGCUGGAGUCUUGCUGAUGUUGGAAUAUCUUUUGGUUCAACUCUCAGAUGCUUUGUUAAGGAAGAAGAUAAGCCCACUCUCUAUGUGUUCAAUGCUGUGACCCAAGAGACGAUGCCGAUACUGGAAAGCGCUUCCCUUCUUGGUAAAAAGGUGUCUCAGCUGAGAACACUGAUAGCUCUGAGAUGUGGCUUCCCUGUUCAACGCUUCGCUUGGACGUCUGGGAUGGAUGGAAGGAAUUUCUGAUGGGUUGUCUCCUCGGACAAAAACUUGAAGUCCAACGCUAUUUAUCAAAUGAAGGACCAGUACUUAAGUUUCAGAAAAGGGUGGCCCUGUACAUAGCCGCCUUUUAUGGCUACAUUGAGCUGACCGAAUGGGCCCUGAAGCAGGGUGUGCGGCCCAACGAGGCGGUGGGUAUGCACCCCUGCCGAGCGUGGUGCCACGAAGCCCUUCAUGCAGAUGUCUCUAAAUGCCCCAUUCAUGCGGCCGCAGAAGCGGGCCAGCUGUUGAUUCUGAAGGCCUUUGUCAACUGCAGCGUGCUGUGCCUGGAAUGCAAAAAUGCAGCAGGACAAACUCCCCUGACCAUCACGGUCAAACACAAGCAUAAAGACUGCGUAUUAUAUCUGCUGGGUAAAAUGUGGUCCACGGUUUCUUUUCUGAAAAUGUCAGUCCCUAUGAGAAUCUACAUUAAAAUAAAACAAUGGAUCCUCAGAGCUCAGAGUCACAACCUUCACAAAAGCCAGCUUUGCAGAGCAAGGGUCUGUGGGGCAAGAGUUGGAGACACUGUGAUGGUGGAUGGUUUCACCAAACCAAAAAUGACCUCCAAAAGCUGGCAUCAGGCUGGGAACGAAGACUCUCAAAGCUCUGUGGGCAAGCUACCCCCUCUCGGGAUACAAACUGCAAGCAGGAAACCUGUCAAUCCUUUGGCAAUGUCACAGCAGGACACAAGAGAACAAACCCUCAAAUUUCCUCCUCUGGUAGAUGCAAAUACAUUCUCUGAAUUACAAAGACAUCAACAACAAAAUCAGAAAAAAAGUACUGCCACAGCUAGGAAGAAAGAAAAGCUCAUAAGAAAUGCGUAUCUCCCCCAAGUCCCUCUCCCUCCGGUUUCAAGAGUGGGCUAUUCACACCCAUCUUUUUACUAUGCAACCCCCAGCGCUGACUUUUUACUCAGAUCCUCCAUUGCAUCUUUCUCUGAGCACAGUGGGAGAACUCCAAGGGAAAAUGCCAUCUACUGCUUAGCUGUGGCCAGUGCUUUUAAAGAGAAACGAUGGCUUCAGCAGUUAGAAAUAGCAAGAGUCCUAGCCAAAAAGAGCAUUUCUAACCUGACUACCCAAGGAGGCUUGAGAGCAUGUGAAAAUCCUCCAGAACCUGUGCUUUGAAGAGUCAUGACAAUCCAAGUUCCGGUGAAGACAGGUCAAAUGAACCUCCAGUUCUAAUGUUAACAGUUCUACGAAUAACAAUUCUAAUGCUAUAAUUUCUAAUAACAGUUCUAAUGC